AUGGGUCGAUCCCAAAAACUUUAUAUCAACAUAUUAAUUGGUUUUCUUGUUUGGUUUCUUAUUUUCGUCGGUCAGAAUUUCUAUUUUACAUCAGAUUCUUUUCUCCGCUCUUCCGUUCAUCACUGCGCAUUUCCAUCAUGCAAAAAUCUUUCAUCGAUAUCGAUUCAAUUAUUUAAUCGUCGACAAAAUGAAAAUCAACUUCUGACACAUAUCCAUCAUCAACCUCUUCUAAACCAAUAUGAAUCUCGUCAUAUAGAUUUUGUCAAACUAAUAAAACCACUGACAAAAAAGAAUAAGUACUUAAUCUAUACAUGUAAUCAACCAUGUGGAGGUUGGGGUGAUCGAACACGAAAAAUAGUCGGUGCAUAUCUCUUGUCUCUAGCUUUGAAUCGUACAUUUCUCAUUAAUAUGACAUGGCCAUGUCCCAUAACCAAUCUUUUACAACCAAAUUUUAUCCUAUGGAAUCGUACGGUUAAAGAUCUAUCACUUCGAACCAAUCGAACUAUCCGUCGACUAACUGCAAAUGAUCAAGAUUAUAGUGAGAUUCUCUCCUGGUCCAGUAUCGAUAUUAUCCAUUUUCAAGUCAAAGAUCUCGGCUAUUAUUCGAUGUUACUAUGGCGUGAUGAUCUCUAUCGGGUUCUUCAUUUACACUAUGGUUUACACCGUUCGUCCUUAUUUCUUCAUACUGUAUUUACAUUAGUCUAUGAAUUAUUAUUUAAACUUAAACCUCAUCCUCAGUCUCAUUUGAAUGACAUCGUCGAAAAAUUUCAUCUGAAAUCUCUUCAAUGUGCUCACAUACGUAUUGGAAGAAAUCCGUCGAACCCGAACGAUAUAAUUUUUCCUAAACGUGAACGAAUGAAUACAACUGUCAUUGAGUUUUUAAAAAAUAGCUCGAAAUCUGAUCAAAUGAUAUUUGUCUCCACCGAUUCAGAAGAGGUUCACACCUAUGCGAAGAAACAAUUCAAAUCACGUUUAUUAACGGUCGAUGGUCUUAUUCGACAUAUUGAUCGUUCGGGAAAGAAAUUUGCCUGUGAUGGAUUAGAAAAAACGAUUCUCGAUUUCUACCUGAUCUCGCAAUGUCACACGAUGGUUAUGAGCAAAAGUGCUUUCAGUUUUUGGGCAAAUAUGCGUCGUUUGAAACCUUAUGAAAAUUUAUAUUUGUACUGUGACGGCAUCAAGCAAAUUCGCGGUCCUAGUGAUUAUGAUCGAUAUCCGUAUGGUCACUGCUGA